CAGAGAGGAGACGAUGGCCGCGGUUGCAGACAGAGGAGGAGUCCGGGGAAGCGGUUUCCCUCCAGACCCGGACCCCACCGCGGGUUCCGGGUCCGCCGGGGAGGAGGACGGCCGCGUCCCCGAUGCCGAUGAACCUGUUUGCGACCUGGGAGAUAGACCGGUCCUCCCCGAGCUGCGUGCCCAGGCUGUGCAGUCUGACCCUGAAGAGGCUGAUGGUCCUGAGAGAACUGGACCGAGAGCUCAGCUCCGUGGUCAUCGCGGUGAAGAUCCAGGGCUCCAAGCGGACUCUAAGAUCCAACGAGUACCUUCUCCCUCCAGACGGCGUGAUGGAGACAGACCUGGAGCUCACCUUCUCCCUGCAGUACCCUCAUUUCCUGAAGCGGGACGUGAACCGGCUGCACGUGAUGCUGCAGAGGAGGAAGAGGUACAAGAACCGGACCAUCCUGGGCUACAAGACGCUCGCUGUGGGCGUCAUCAACAUGGCCGAGGUGCUGCAGCAUCCAACAGACCGAGCCCACAUCCUCGGUCUCCAUAGCAACCUCAAGGACGCCUCGCUGCGUGCGGCAGAGCUGAGUGUUCUCUCUCUCUCCAGCCAGCCAAUCGAACAGGAGGACACAAGCGGUCACCACGGCAACAAGACCAAGGCCUCAGAUCGCUCUCCUGACUUGGAGAACUACUCGGAGGACGAUGACGACAGCUUCUCCUCGGAACAGGAAGGAAGUGACGACGCCGUGCAGACUCAGGACAUGUACGACGACGAUGAAGACGUCCAGAGAAAGACGAAGAAGUCUCACAGGAAAAUGAUCCGAGCGACCUCGCUGACGCAGCAACCGAAUUUCAAACAGAAGUUUGUCGCUCUGCUGAAAAGAUUCAAAGUCACAGACGAGGUCCUGGACUCGGAGCGGGUGGGUCAGAGUCAGGAGGUGGAGGAGGACCUGGAUCUCCUCUAUGACAGUCUGGAGGUUUACAACCCGAGCGACAGCGGCCCCGAGCUCGAUGACAACGACAGCAUCGUGAGCACGCCUAAACCCAAACUCAGGCCGUUCUUUGAGGAGAGCUCUCAGACUGAGAUGAAGAGUGAGAACAGUCAGCACCAACACAGAGAACAGACUACAGCUGCUGCAGAGCUGUCGUCUUCCGGAGGUCUGGGGACUCACGACGAGUCCAAAGGAGAGGAGGCUGGCCCCGGGGAAGUGGAGGAGGAUGUUGUCAUGGGAACAGAUGCAGGCCCAGCUGCAAAACUCUGCAAAACAGAGUCUGAAACACACAUUUCACCGAGUAAGACAGGAAGUCAGCUGUCUCGCCAUCACUGGAGCGGCUCCCUGAAGGACAGACAGAACUCCAGAGGGACAGACAGAACCAGCAGUGUGGAGAGUGAGACGUCUUAUGACUACAGGAUUCCUCCUCCUCAGGUUGCCAGGAAGUCUGUCCUGGAUCAGCUGAACCACAUCCUGUUCUCUGAUGAUCAGAUCCCUGAUUCCAUCAUCCUGAUCAACACCACAGACUGGCAGGGACAGUACCUGUCGGAGCUCCUGUUCGAUCAGCCAAUCGUGUGCACCGUCUCAUCAGCUGACGUCCAGGCCGCCUUCAGCGCCAUCCUGAGCCGGAUCCAGAGAUUCUGUAACUGUAACUCCCAGACUCCGCCCACUGUGAAGGUGGCGGUGGGCGGGGACCAGAGUUACCUCAGCACCGCCCUCAGCUGCUUUGUGGAACAGCUGGCCAGCAAGACACCUGAUUGGCUGAGCUACCUCCGCUUCCUCAUCCUCCCAGUCGGAGCCCACCCACUCGCCAAGUACCUGGCCGCCCUGGACAGUAAAUUCAACGGCCUGUUCAUGGACGCCGGCUGGAGGGAGCUGUUUGCCCGGGUGGAGCCGCCGCCUCUCGAUCCAGUGGGCGUGGCAGGCCGAGUGUCUCAGUACCUGAGUGGAGCCGCUGUGUCCCACCUGUGUCCCAUCUCAGAGGCCAUGCUCACCUGCAAACACAAGAGCCCCGAUGACGACUCCUGUCAGAAGUUUGUUCCCUUCAUCGGGCUUGUGAAAGUAGGCAUUGUGGAGCAGAACUUCCUGUCCACCUCAGUUGACUCCGAUGACAUCAUACUGGGGUCUCCACCCUCCCAACCAGGACCAAUCAGCAUCACCGCCACACCUCCUCCCUCCCCCUCCAUCAGCUGUGCCACCGAGGUGAUGGGUCUACAGGUGGACUACUGGAGCAGUCAGGGGGGAGGAGGAGGAGAGAGGAGGAAGGAGGCAGGGAUGAAGAACACUCUGAAGAGUAACUUCAGAGCUCUGCAGGUUUCAAGGAUCAGUGGAGGAGAGCUGAUGAGCAUGACGGUGGUGACCAAAGAGAAGAACAAAAAAGUUAUGUUCCUCAGUAAGAAGACCAAGGAAAGAGAGGCGGAGUCUAGGAGCCAGCUGAUCGAAGGAAUCAGUCGACUUAUCUGUACCUCCAAACACCAACACACACUGAGAGUCUCUAUAGACGGAGUCGAGUGGAACGAUGUGAAGUUUUUCCAGCUGGCGGCUCAGUGGCCGACUCAUGUCAAACACUUUCCUGUCGGGAUCUUUGGCUACAACAAACCCUGCUCCCUCACCUCCUCCUCCCACCUGUAACCCCGCCCCCACCUUCAGUCUCAUUCUGUUAUAAAUAUUUCUAACAUCUUUUUAAUCAUUUAUAUUUAUUACUGUAAAUAGUGUACACAGCCUCAAGUGUGUGUUUUUUUGAAUAUAUUUAUAAUGAUAAAAGGAGCUGAAGUAUCUCGGGGUCUUGUUCACAGUGAGGGUAAGAUGGAGCGUGAGAG